AUGGUCGUCACACGUGGCCAAGGGGAAGGCGACCACAGCCAAACUGCCGAGAUGUACAACAUUGCGGAGCUUCUCAAGUCUGACUCCAAAGUCAAAGUGGCGGGCGUCGACUUCGAUGGCAUCCUUCGAGGUAAGAUCAUGUCCAAGGACAAGUUCUUAUCUAGCAUCAAAAAUGGCUUCGGGAUGAGCUCGGCAAUUUUUGGCUGGGAUAUGCAUGAUGUUUUAUACGAAACCAGUAAUACCAUCACAAGUUCGGAACAAGGCUUCUCGGACAUAGUUGCAGUCAUUGACUUGGCCUCAAUGCGGAGACUUCCCUCUGAAGAUAACAUUGCCUUCUUCUUUCUCCGAUUCUUGAUCGACGGCCAGCCCGUCUGUGCUGACGGGCGUGGCAUUAUGGCUGCUCUAGAUUCAGAUUUGGCAAGUUCGGGGGUAAGGGCAUUAGCUGGUGUUGAGCUGGAGUUUUUCAACUUCCAGACACCGUCACAAGAUGGGUACAGCCCUGGCAGACGGGACUUGGCGUCGUAUCUUCAAUCUCACGCCGUCAAUCAGCUGAGGCCACUAACUGCCGGCAUGUUCGGCUACAGCAUUUCGCGACCGGUUAUGAGCAAAGGAUAUUUCCAUGACAUCUACGACAAGAGCCUGGAAGCGGGAUGCCCGAUCGAAGGAUGGCACACAGAGAGUGGCCCAGGAGUUUACGAGGCGGCCAUGAACUAUGCACCAGCAUCGAGGAUGGCCGAUAACGUUACAAUAUUCAAGCUGCUGACAAGAUCAAUUGGUGUGGAACACGGCAUCACGCCUUGCUUCAUGGCAAAGCCCAUUGCAGGACUGCCGGGCAAUUCUGGACAUAUCCACGUCUCCUUACAAGAUGAUGGGGGCAGAAACCUCUUCGCAAGAGCAUCGAGGGAUGAGAAUGCCCCAUGGCCCGACGUAGAGUACCUGUCGGAUACCGGACGGUCGUUCCUAGCCGGCUUACUGCAAGCACUGCCAGGCAUCAUGCCCCUCUUGGCCCCCAAUGUCAACUCGUACAAGCGUCUAAUCGACAAUUAUUGGGCACCAGUGACCCUGGGCUGGGGUCUCGAGGAUCGACUUGCAAGCAUACGACUGAUCGCGCCUCCGAUAUCGAAGCCGGCUGCGACUCGCUUCGAAGUCCGCAUUCCGGGUGCCGACCUCCACCCUCACUUUGCUCUAGCCGCCAUUUUCAAAUCUGGGUGGUACGGUGUACAAAAUAGUGCGCCUCUGACCCUACCUCCGACUGCUCAGCUUCCUGAAGGACAGAAGCCGCAGCGCCUUCCCAACACGCUGGAGAGUGCGUUGGAGCUUUUUUCCGCCAAGGAUAGCAUGGCAAGAAAGAUCUUCGGCGACGAAUUUGUAGAGGCAUAUACUAUCUCUCGUAAUCAUGAGCUGAAGGUGUGGCGCGAAGCCGUGACUGAUUGGGAGUUUAAGAGAUAUAUUGAGACCGUCUGA